GGAGGUGGAAAAGGAGGGGCUGUGGAGGUGGUGGAGGAGGAAGGCCCGCGGACGUGCAACAAGUUAAGAGGUCACCGCCGCUACCGUCGACAUCGCUGCCGCCGCCACCGUCCUCGCCACGAUGUGACAUGGAUAUCCUAGCCGUAGCCUGCGCCCUCGUCGCCACGGCCCUCUACUGCAACACCCUGCAAGCGGGUUUCGUCUACGAUGAUCGAAGAGCUAUACUGACGAAUCCGGACCUGCUGUCCAGCACGCCGUGGUCUCGGCUGCUGGAGAACGAUUUCUGGGGCACGCCACUAAACGAUCGAGGCUCCCACGGAAGUUACAGGCCUCUUUGCGUGGCCACCUUUCGCCUGAAUCAUCUACUGGGCGGCCUGGAACCGUGGGGCUAUCAUCUGGUGAACGUCGCGUUGCACGCCGCCUGCACCGUGCUUGUGGUUAGAGUUGCCAGAAAGGUAUUGCCUGAAAGAAACAAUCUCGGCCACGCGAUCACCGGUUUCCUGUUCGCGGCGCAUCCGAUUCACAGCGAAGCAGUGGCCGGCGUGGUCGGUCGUGCCGAUCUUCUCGCCUGUCUGUUGACCUUGUCAGCGUUACUCGCAUACAGCGCCCACUGCGAGCGCACCAGGUCGCCGUUUCCUUUGAUUCUGGCCCUUGUGUCGUCGACCCUGGCUACCCUCGCCAAGGAAACGGGAAUAUCCUCGUUGGCUCUGUGUCUCCUCUGGGAACUGUGUCGCGGCGAGUCGAGUCGAAAGGUGAAUUGCGGUUUGACUCGCUCACGUAGCAUCGGCAUCGUGUCUGGAAGUUUGGCACUGUUGGUUCUUGGUAGACUGAGGAUUACCGGCACGAGGCCAGAAUUCGCGAGCGCGGACAACCCGACGGCCAGGCACCCAUCUCGCCUGACACGCGGUCUCACAUUUCUCUACCUACCCGCAGCAAGCGCCAGGAUGUUACUUUGUCCCAAUACGCUAAGCUUCGACUGGUCCAUGGACGCCGUGCCGCGAAUCACGAGCCUCCUUGACGCGAGAAACCUCGAAUCCGCCUGUUUGUACACGGCGCUAAUCGGCGCCUCGAUCUGGACGAUCAAGACGCUUCGUCGACCAGUCCGGGAGACUAGUCUACAUCUCGUGCAGUAUCCUCGCUCCAUGUCGUCCAGGUGUCCCGUGUGUGCCGGCAGGCGAACAGGAGGAUGUCACACGGAUGGGUGUCGGGCGGCGAACAACAAUAACAACGGGCCGAUCGGUGAUUGUUACUGCGCGAAGAGGCCUAACAAUGGAUUAAUCUGGAGCAACGGAUUCGCCAGCAGGCAGGCGGCUGCGAGUGGUGUCGCCGCGUCCCUCGGUUUCCUCGUGCUUCCCUUCCUACCGGCUAGCAAUUUGUUCUUUUACGUGGGCUUCGUCAUAGCCGAGAGGAUUCUCUAUUUACCGAGCGUGGGCGCGUGUCUGAUCGUCGGAGCCGCGAUCUCUGGAUGUUAUCAGAUAGCAAGAAGACACGGGUCGAGAAGGAAAGGCAGGGCAGUGCUGCUAGCUACGGCGGUACUCGUUUGUCUGAUGUCGGCUAAGACGUUGUUAAGGAACGCCGACUGGUUCGACGAAGAGAGCCUAUAUAGAUCGGCUCUGCACGUGAACCCUCCAAAAGCUUAUGGUAAUUUGGGCAGUGUGCUGAGCGCUCAGGGACGCGUCGCGGAGGCGGAGGAGGCGUUCGUCCAGGCGCUCCGCUAUCGACCGAACAUGGCGGACGUACACUACAAUCUGGGAAUACUGCAGCAAGGCAGGAAGAAUUACGAGGAGGCGAUUUUGAGUUAUCAGCGAGCGAUCCAUUUCCGGCCUUCGUUAGCUCAGGCUUACGUGAAUCUGGGCGCGGCGCUGGCCUCGGUCGGACGUGGAACGGAAGCGGCUGCGGUUUUGCGGGCCGGCGCAUCCUUGGACGGUUCCGGCCUCAAGGACAAGAGGGCUCACGAGGCAGCCAGAGUACAGGCCCUCCUUCAAUUAGGCGCUCUCUACGCCGAUCAGGGUAGAUUACAAAGGGCCCUGUCCGCGUACAGGGAAGCGCUGCAUGCGUUGCCAGAUCACUAUCCACCUCAGAGCGUUUACAAUCUGCUGGGGGAAACUCUAUCGAGGCUGCAACAGUACGCGGAAGCGGAAAGGUGGUUCCAGGCGAGUUUGGCCAGCCAGCCUGACCACGUGCCGGCCCACAUCACUUACGGGAAACUUUUGGCCCGAAACUCGAGCCGUGUGCUGGAGGCUGAGAGAUGGUUCCUGAGAGCCCGUAGAUUGGCGCCGGACGACUCGAGCGUGCACCAUCAUUACGGACUGUUCUUGACGUCGCAGGGUCGGCUAUCGGAGGCGGCAGAGGAGCAACUCCGCGCCGCCGAACUUUCCAGAUCCGAUUACGAGCUGUCGAUGGCGGCGGCGUCCGCGCUGCGCCAAGCGGACCGGCUGGAGGACGCGGAGGUGUGGUACAGGCACGCGGCUACCUUGAGGCCGCACGAGGCGCGAAGUCACACAAACCUCGGCGCGAUUCUUCACCUGAACGGGAAAUACAAGCAAGCGGCAGCUGCUUACAGCGAGGCGUUGAGGCUGCAGCCGGGCGAUGCGACGACCAUCAUGAACCUGCACAAAUUGGCGGCCACUCUCGCGUGACCUCGUCACGAGACCGCGGCGAACACCCAACAGAGAAA